UGAAAUUUCUUCGACCACAAGUGAUCCGCUGCUCCCAGACCGAGGGUUGUUGUCGAAACCUCGUUUCUUUUGAAUUUGUAUAACUUUAUACAAAUCGGUUAUUUUUUAUACGUAUACGAGGUUCGCGUGGCGGAUAGGUUUGGUUACGCACAAGGAAUGGUUUUGCACUUGCGGUAGUGUUUUUCGGAUUUUAGAAGUUUGUCUCUGAUGCCCAUGGAUCGAGACGCAAGCUUCCUGUGCCCGUGUGUUUUCGGAUACAACGCAGAUCACAGAUCCACAGGAAUGCAGUGAUCAAUGUAGGACAUAUGUAACCAAGUCCUCAAAUCCUUCGGAGGGUCUUGCCACAGGGUUUAAAGACAAGGAAAAGAAGCUGUAAAUGGAUCGCCAUUCCAGCUUUGUUUCUCUCUGGUUUCAGUUGGAACUUUGUGCGAUGGCUGUUCUUCUUACGAAAGGAGAAAUCAGGUGUUACUGUGACGCCCCGCACUGCGUUGCCACUGGAUACAUGUGUAAAUCCGAGCUGAAUGCGUGUUUCACUAAGGUCCUGGACCCGCUUAACACGAACUCACCUCUAACACACGGAUGUUUGGAUCCACUUUUAAACUCUGCGGACCUGUGCGCCAGCAAAAGCUUGGACAUUUCCGGCAUAAGUUCCUCUCCAGUAGAGUGUUGUCAUGACGACAUGUGUAACUACAGAGGCCUGCAUGACCUCGCGCAUCCUCGAGGUGAUUCCACAGAUCGAUACCACAGCUCCAACCAAAACCUGAUCACAAGGGUGCAGGAGUUAGCCUCAGCUAAAGAGGUGUGGUUCCGGGCGGCGGUGAUAGCAGUCCCCAUAGCGGGUGGUCUUAUCCUUGUUCUGCUGAUUAUGCUGGCAUUGCGAAUGCUUCGUAGUGAGAACAAGCGUCUCCAGGCCCAGCGCCAACAGAUGCUGUCUCGGCUUCACUACAGUUUCCAUGGACACCACCAUGCCAAAAAGGGCCAUGUGGCCAAGCUGGACUUGGAGUGCAUGGUGCCUGUAACAGGACAUGAGAACUGCUGCAUAGGUUGCGAUAAGUUGCGGCAGACAGAGUUGUGUGCCAGAGGAGGAACAGGAGGCGAACGGCUCCUAUCUUUGGUUCACUGGGGGAUGUACACAGGGCACGGCAAGAUGGAGUUUGUAUGACUACUUGGACCUUUCUCAAUUGGGACACAUACCUGCCUGCUUAUAGUAGGUGGGGCCUAAGUGACUGUAAAGUUUGCUGACGUAAUUUUUCUCCAUGUUUUAUUUUAUUGUCUCCUUUUCUUGACACGGAGAGCGAAGAAAUUUCAAGAACACACAUGUUUGUGUUUCUCAAAAGCACUUUACUUGAAUUAAAGUGGCUGUGGGGCUGAGGUGAAAUGGAAGGGGGCGGAGCAAAGAACUUUAAACCCCGCCCCUCUGAAGCUAUGUCCUGUGGAUCCUGAACUGACACUGAAGACUGAAGGAUUCAUAAAGACGGUCUUAUUUUGCACAUUUGUACAACAACGACGAGAUGUCGAUGGGUACACGAGAGGGUAGGGUAUGAAUGGUUGGAUAGUUGCAUUCGAAGCAACUUUUUUGAAGAAGAAGAAGAAUUUUACACUGACACCAGGGUACAAAUAUGGACUGUUUGUUUUAGUCAAAUUGUAUGAAUAAAAAUCCAGUGUUGACUUAAACAAAU